UCAAACCCUUUUUUGACCUCUGCUUUGAAGCGGCGAGCGGCAAUCGGAGGUGGUCUCCGCACGGCCCAGUCGCCGUCCUUCCGCUCCCCUGUCCCAGCCGAUUGACCUCUCUCGUGGCUGCGCGCUUUGAUCAUGCCUUGGGAGCGGAUGAGGACCUUGUGGUACAAAGCUAAUCAAAACCCUCUCUUCACCAGCUUCACCUAUCCAACAGACAGAUCAGAUAUGCUACUUCCUCCUACAAAACUGGUAUUGUAAGUAACAGAGAACUGAGCACAUCUAGAACAGAAAGCAUGAAUGUAGAUCAAGCUCUUUCUCAUGCUAAGAGGUCUAACAUAUCAAAUUGUAGUACUACAGUUGAAACCUCAACACAAGCUGAGCGUUGUAAGCCUCAAUGCUUUUGGCCUUGGUACUAAGAGUACAAAAAUGGAGGAUGGCCCCACUAGUGCAGAAAGAUGCAGCUUAUUAAGUAAAGUGCCCAGUUGUAACACAUCCACCUCUGACAAGACGAAAUGUCCCAAGGAGCAGCAGAUAUUUGAUUGGACCAAGCACUUGCUGAGGUGCUGUUAAAGAAAAUGCAAUACUGGAUUCAAAGAUGGAUGUCAUAAGACCCCUCAGACAGCUGAAGCUCAUGUGAGUAUCGAUGCACCCAGGCUAUGUGAGCCUGAAUAUGCAAAAUGAUAAUUUUGAGGGGAAACAGUUCCCAAGCAUCAGGGCUAUGGCACUGAUGGGGAGAGCAAUGAGCAAUUUCCAGACUUGUUAAUUUCAGAGAAAGGGAUCAUUAGUAGUGUGGAGUGUGGAGGAGUUUUGAAAGCUACAGGACUUUGGUUUUGAAUCUCCAAUCUUCUCGUGGACUUUCAUGGCGAGAAAGGUACAAUAUUGUGGAUCAAAACACUGUUGCGGUUGAUGGAUGUGGAACAUUAUCUGAGUUGGGUGGUUGUAUUACAUCAGUAGCUGUCUUGUGGACUUCUCUUAUCUGUUGUGCUCUGAGUUCCACUGAUGAGAGGCCCGCCUAAAGCAUGUUAGACUCCUCCAAGAAAGUUCAUCUGAUAGAUAUCAGAGCUUCCACAAGGCCAAGGUUUGCAUGUUACUUGUCUUGCUUCGGGUCCGGUGAUCGCCAUGCAACCGUCUUUAUCCUCGAGUCGCCGCACCCCCUUCCCUCCCUAAUCAUUGGCCAUGUUCUCGCCUAUUUCCCCACGGCUCAGGCUGCUCCGGUUCGCCUCUCCCGCCCGCUCGCCCCUGGCCGAACCCGUCGCUCCCGGCUCACGCCCCACCGCUUACGAAGCCAACACCCAGCUGCGACACCUGAUCAAAGCCAAUCGCCUCCGUGACGCCCGCCUCGUAUUCGAUGGAAUGCCCCACCGCGACGAUGUCUCCUGGACCGUCAUCAUCUCCGGCUACGUCGGCGCCUCCGACCCCCACGAGGCCCUCUUCCUCUUCUCCCUCAUGCGCUCCGUCGACCCCUCCCUCGACCCGGACCCCUUCGUCCUCAGCGUCGCCCUCAAGGCCUGCGCCUCCGGCCCCGCCCUUGGCUUCCACGGCCGAUGCCUCCACGCUUACACCCUCAAGUCCGGCAAGGCCACCGGCUCCGUCUUCGUGGGUACUGCCCUCCUCGACAUGUACUCCAAGAUCGGCGCCCACGACUCCGCCCUCCGCUCGUUCGACGAGAUGCCCUCCCGAAACGCAGUCUCGUGGACCAGCGCCGUCGCUGCUCUCGUCCGCGCCGGCCGAUGCCGCGACGCCGUCCGGUGCUUCGCUGAGAUGUGGGCGUCCGCUAUGCCGUGCGACUCCCACACGUAUGCUACCGCCCUCAAGGCCUGCGCCGACGCCCGCCUGCUCGACCGCGGCCGUGAGAUCCACGCCCACGUCGCGAAGCUCGGCCUGGAGACCUCCUCUUUCGUCGCUAACACGCUCGCUUCACUGUACACCAAGUGCGGCGUCCUUCAGCCCGGCCUGGUGUUAUUGGACCGGAUGCGCUCUCGCGACGUGAUAUCGUGGACGACCAUCAUCGUCGCCUACGUGCAGACGGGCCGCGAGGAGGAGGCGAUUCGAGCUUUCGUCCGGAUGCAAGCCGACCCCUCCGAUGCCGUGAGCCCGAACGAUUACACUUUCGCCGCGUUGAUCUCCGCGUCCGUCGGGCUCGCGCAGAUCACGCUGGGGCAGCAGUUGCACGCUAGUGUCAUCCGGCGGGGCUGCGUGGCCGCCAGCUCUGUGUCCAACGCCCUCGUCACCCUAUAUGCCCGCGCCGGCCAUCUUGCCUCCGCCUACACCAUCUUUCAGCAUACGAUGCUGAAAGAUAUCGUCUCGUGGACCGCCAUCAUCUCCGGUUUCUGCCUGGAACAUGACGUGGAGAAGGCCUUUUCCCUGUUCGGCGAAAUGCGGCGUGCUGCAUGGCCACCGCCCAAUGAAUACACCUUCCCCAGCCUGCUAGGCUUGUGCGCGUGGGCGGCAGCAUUAGAGGUCGGGCAGCAGCUCCAUGCUCGUGCGGUAGUGGCCGGGCUGGACAACGAUGUGAUGAUCACCAGCGCGCUGAUCGCCUUGUACUCGAAAAGCGGCAGCCUAGAAGAGGCGGCACGGGUUUUUGAAGGACGCAACUCCGAAGAGGUGGUGUCAUGGACUGCAAUGAUCAAAGGGUACGCGGAGCACGGCCGGAGCGCAGAGGCAAUCGAGUUGUUCGACCGGAUGAAAAGCACGGCGGGGAUGAGACCCGACGGUGUGGCGUUCAUCGGGGUGCUCACGGCGUGCUGCCAUGCCGGCCUGGUGGAUCGUGGCAUCCGGUACUUCCUAUCGAUGCGAACGGAACACGGAGUGGAGCCGGGGAGGGAGCACUAUGGCUGCAUCGUGGAUCUGUUAGGGAGGGCAGGGAGGGUGAAGCAGGCGGAGAAGGUGAUUGAGGAAAUGCCAAGGAGCGAGGUGGACGGGGUGGUAUGGGCGGCGUUGAUGAGAGCAUGUGUGGCGAAAGGGGACGAGGAAGGGGGAAGGAGGGCGGCGGCCAUGGUGAAGGAGCUGGAGCCAGGUGGAGCGGGUGCCUACGUGGUGCUGGCAAACCUAUACGCAGGGCAGGGGAGGUGGCAGGAGGCAGCGGCGGAGAGGAAGAAGAUGAGGGAGGAGGGGGUGAGGAAGGAGGCCGGGUGGUCGUGUGUCGGCGUGGGAAGAGAGGAAACGGGAGUGUUCGUGGCGGGCGAUCGGUCGCACCGGAGAAUGGAGGACAUCUGUGAAAUGCUGGAGCUGAUAGACUUCGCGGCGAGGAUGGGGGGAGACUACACCGAGACGGAGUACGAAGCAGCAGCAGCAGCAGCAGAGUAUUGCAUGAUUUGGCCGAUGUGAAAAUAAGUCUAAAAAUUAGACUUUAUUUUUUGUCCAAUUGAGGCCUCACUGAAAAAUGCUAAUUUAAAAUCACAUGCGAUGUGGAUAAAAAUCGAGUUUAUUAUUAAUAAUUUGGUGUAAACAAUUUUGAGAGAGUGGUUUAGAAUAAUCACAUCAAUAAAUCAAUUAUCGAAUCA